UGCAGUAACUAUGUGAUCAUGGUGACCAUGUUCUUUACCGUCAGCGUGAUCAAUAACUACGCCCUGAACUUUAACAUCGCCAUGCCCCUGCACAUGAUCUUCAGAUCAGGAUCUUUAAUAGCUAACAUGAUCCUCGGUAUUAUCAUCUUGAAGAAAAGAUAUUCGGCGAGUAAAUAUCUCUCCAUCGUGCUGGUGUCUUUGGGCAUUUUCAUUUGCACCAUUAUGUCGGCCAAACAAGUGAAUGUUGAGAAAGGGGCCACAGAGGAAGAUGUUUUUUAUGCCUUCAUGCAUUGGAUUCUGGGGAUUGCCAUGCUAACGUUCGCCUUGCUGAUGUCUGCAAGAAUGGGCAUUUUUCAGGAAACUUUGUACAAGAAGUAUGGCAAACACUCCAGAGAGGCUUUGUUUUACAAUCACUGUCUGCCUUUACCAGGAUUCCUCCUGCUGUCAACAGACAUCUACAGACACGCCGUGCUCUUCAGCCAGAGCUUGAAUGAGGAAAAGCUCAAAAGGCAGCUCAGAGAAGAUCUCCAGAAGCUCCUGAAUGAGGAAAUGGAUAUGGCAGAGCAUAACAUGCGACAACAGCUGGAGGAAGAGAAAGCUAAAGCGAAGGCCCAGGCUCAAGCUGCAGCCCGACUCCAGAUUCAGGAUGAGGUCCAGAAGCUUCUGGAAGAGGAGAAGGCAUCCUAUCAACAGACUCUAGCAGAUGCCAUUAGGAUGGAGCAGUUAAACGUUCAGGAUGAGCGUCUCAUAACUCAGUAUUAUUGGAUGGAGAGGAAGGCUCAGAAGCUGGAGGAGAAGGAGAAAGAUCUGGAAAAUCAGGACGCUCUGUUUCGGGAGCAGAUUGCCAAGAUGCAGGAAAAGAUGGCUCAGUUCACUAAAGUUACUGCUGAAAAUUACAAGAAAGGCUUAGAGGACGCACACAACCACUUCAGGCGAUGCCAAAUCAAACCAGUGUGUUCAGAUCUGCAGAGUCAGAUACUGAAGUGUUACGCUGAGAAUAAAGGUCAAACUAUGAGCUGUUCCAGCAUCGCAUCACUGUACAUUCAGUGUGUGGACCGUGCCAGACAGGAUAAAAAGCUGAGCACCGGAGGUUAGCUUACUGGACUGAACAUCAGAUCUGCAGUGUCAUGGUGAAAGAAAAAAGGCCAUCACUGCAAACACACACACAUCUAAACCGAUCCGAUUAGUUUAAUUGUUUAUUACACAUUUCAGCAGUUUUGAAUAUGCAUUCUCUUGAAUAUGAGCCAUUAUUGGACCACUAUGCAGAAAUACCUCAACUAGUUUCAGACUCUUGUAACUGUGAACUCCUAAGCUAAAUGGUUUCAGGUGCUAUUGAGUGCUUUGUUUGUGUGUGGAGACAUGGUGAUUUCUUCUGUGCUCCUUCUUGUUUUAAAACAGUGCAUGGCCAAAAAGUACAAAGCGAUGCACAAUCUGGAAGCUGCUGUCUGAUGACAUGUUUUUGCUUAGUAAAAAGUUUCUGCCUUUUCCUUUGAUACCUAAUUUUAUGGGUAUUUUGGAUAAAUGUGAUUGAAAUUCAAGCUCUGCUGCUAAAAGCCGAUCAAAUGUGUAAAAUUGGUAUUAAAGGAAUAGUUCACCCCAAAAUAAAAAUUUGCUGAAAAUGCAUGCA